AUGGCUGUAGCAGCUUCCCGAGCUUUGUUGUUGUAUACUGUGGCAGCAGCCGCGCUUCUUUUCCCAGCUGUUGUUGCGCAACUCAGCCCAAACUUCUACCGUUCAGUUUGCCCUCAGGCGCUGCCCACCAUCAGAAGGGUUGUCAAGAAGGCAAUCGACGAUGAGCCUCGCAUGGGCGCGUCACUGCUUCGCUUGCACUUCCAUGACUGCUUCGUCAAUGGGUGCGAUGGAUCGGUUCUUCUGGAUGACACGUCGACUUUUACUGGAGAGAAAACUGCAAAUCCGAAUUUGAACUCGAUCAGAGGGUUUGAUGUGGUUGAUAAAAUCAAGAAGGAAGUUGACAGAAUAUGCAGGAGAAGCGUCGUCUCUUGUGCUGACAUCCUAGCCGUUGCUGCUCGCGAUUCUGUCUCUAUCCUGGGAGGUCCAAGGUUCACGUACCAAGUCCUCGUCGGCCGACGUGACGCGAGAACCGCCAGCCUCAACGACGCGAACAACAACCUCCCGCCGCCGUUCUUCAGCUUCUCGCAGCUCCUCGCCAACUUCCAGACCCACGGCCUCGACUUCACCGACCUCGUGGCGCUCUCCGGCGGCCACACCAUCGGUCUCGCCCGCUGCACCACCUUCCGCGCCCGCAUCUACAACGACACCAACAUCCAGACCAACUUGGCAUCCUCUUUGCAGCGCGCCUGCCCGCUGACCGGCGGCGACAACAACCUGCAGCCGUUGGACGGAACUCCGGCGGGAUUCGAUACGCAGUACUUCGGCUCGCUGGUCAGGAACAGAGGGCUGCUGCACUCCGAUCAGGAGUUGUUCGGCACAGGCAGCGCCGCCAGCGACGCGCUGGUGAGGCUGUACAGCGGGAAUCCGGCGAGGUUCGCGGCGGAUUUCGCGGCGUCGAUGGUCAAGAUGGGGAAUAUGGGGCCGCUGACCGGGAGUAAUGGCGAGAUCAGAACGGACUGCCGCAAGAUCAAUUGA